AUGUCUCUCUCCAACAAGCUCUCUAUUGCCGAUGUCGACCUCAAGGGCAAGCGCGUCUUGAUUCGCGUCGACUUCAACGUCCCCCUCGACUCCGAUAAGAAGAUCACCAACAACCAGCGCAUCGUCGGUGCUCUCCCCACCAUCAAGCAUGCCGUCGACAACGGAGCCAAGGCCGUCAUCCUCAUGUCCCACCUCGGCCGCCCGGAUGGCAAGCCGAACCCGAAGUACAGUCUCAAGCCGGUUGUUCCCGAGCUCGAGAAGCUGCUCAGCAAGAGCGUGACCUUCACAGACGACUGCGUUGGCAAGCAGGUCGAGGAGACCGUGAACAGCGCCAAGGACGGACAGGUCAUUCUCCUUGAGAACCUGCGCUUCCACGCCGAGGAGGAGGGCAGCUACAAGGAUGACGAGGGCAAGAAGCAGAAGGUCGACAAGGCCAAGGUUGAGGAGUUCCGCAAAGGCCUGACUGCCCUUGGUGAUGUCUACAUCAACGACGCUUUCGGUACUGCCCACCGCGCUCACAGCUCCAUGGUCGGUGUCGACCUCCCCCAGAAGGCUUCCGGCUUCCUCGUCAAGAAGGAGCUCGACUACUUCGCUCAGGCGCUUGAGGAGCCCAAGAGGCCCUUCCUCGCCAUCCUCGGUGGUGCUAAGGUCUCCGACAAGAUCCAGCUCAUCGACAACCUGCUCGGCAAGGUCAACAGCCUGAUCAUCUGCGGUGGAAUGUCCUUCACAUUCAAGAAGACCCUCGAGGGCGUCAAGAUUGGUGACUCUCUGUUCGACGAGGCCGGCAGCAAGACCGUCAAGGACCUUGUCGAGAAGGCCAAGAAGAACAACGUUAAGAUUGUCCUCCCCGUUGACUACAUCACCGCCGAUAAGUUCUCCAAGGAUGCCGAAGUAGGGUACGCUGAGGACAAGGACGGCAUUCCAGAUGGCUGGAUGGGUCUUGACUGCGGAGAGAAGUCGAUCAAACUCUACAAGGAGGCUAUCGGUGAGGCCCAGACCAUUCUCUGGAACGGUCCCGCUGGUGUCUUCGAGUUCGACAAGUUCGCUACCGGCACAAAGGCCACACUCGAUGCCGCUGUCGAGGCCGCGCAGAGCGGCAAAAUUGUUAUUAUCGGUGGAGGUGACACAGCCACAGUUGCCGCCAAGUACGGCGUAGAGGACAAGCUGUCCCACGUCUCCACUGGUGGUGGUGCGUCGCUCGAGCUGCUCGAGGGCAAGGACCUGCCUGGUGUGUCUGCUCUGUCAAGUAAGUAA